AUGGCUGUACCAAAACCCCGUUCAUCCCGCAUCCCCGGUCCCAAGGCCUCGACACGAAAAGCGCUGAGAUCGAAGUGGAAUCGCGCCCUUUUCCUCCGUCCUCCGCCUCGUCUGCCCCUAGUUUCUGACCCAGAGAAAACACAGCGUGAUGAGGAGCAGGAAGCUCUCAUCCCAGAAUUUCAGAGACGAGAAUUCGAAGCAGGCGCUUUGAGUGUGGUGUUGGAAGAGGAUGAGUAUUCUGCUUCUGAGGUGGAGAAGGAGGAGGAGGAGGAGGAGGAACGCGCGCCGACGCCACAGAAAGAUGAAUCCAUCGGGGAGACGGACAUGGAGAGGUUGUGGGACGAUAUCAUGGCGUUAUUGGGCGAUGAGAUCGACAAGGGGCCACGCAGACAUAUGACCACACCCACGCCGGAUGAAGUACAUGGAGUUCAAGAUCCGGCGCAGGGACGAUCCGAUGAGUCGAGCGCAUGUUCCCCGACGACACAGGACGACUACAUGCACGCGUUUGACACGAAGGAGAUUGUCGAAGCGGCCGAAAUACCUGUCCCGCUAUUCGCGACACCAACAUCUGCCGCAAGAGAUACACUCGACAUGCCGCCUCCGCUCAUCUCUCAAACCACACGCCGCUUCUCGCUCAUGCCGAGCGAUUCAUCAACCUCGGAGCCCGACGUCACUUGCCCAUCCAUACAAGCCAGCACUUGUGACCUUGCAGAGCAAGAUGCUUUCAGUGACUUUAGCCAGGUGUGCAUGGUGCCCAGUAUCGAGGUGGGGGUGUGGGUCGCGAUGGCAGCGGAUGGACGUGGGGUUGUGGUGACGCAGGUGCGAGAAGAGAAGGAUGAGGAUAGGAUGUCCAUGUCGAUCGCUGUGAGGGAGCUACGCCAGUCUGGAAGUAGUAGGGGCGAGGAGCAUGAUCUCGCGAUUGCGUUCGGGCUUGAAGCGGUAGAGAAACCGGACGAAGAGGUUGCUGUGGAGGAAGCAGAACAGCAGCUUGAGCCGACUGUAUCUGGUGCCGAAUCAUUGGAAGUCAGGGAGGGGAUUGAGAUAUUGAGAAACGAACAUCUUGAUACAGACACGGAUUCGGAUUCAGACACAGACACAGAAAACAACCACGUGGGAAAAGGAGGGCGGGUAAGGAGAUGUCUGAGACAAGUUAGGGACUUGGGGACUUGCAAUAGUAAUGGGAGGAGGUUGCGGAGGAGGUAG